CUCGACGGUCUGCUUGAACGUACGAAUUCCGUCCAUUUCUCUUCGGGACACCCGUUGGUUCUCAAUGUCCCGCUGAGGUGCUUGUUUCGAUUUGGUCAUCUUGUCCAUGAUCUCGGGCUGGUUGCCCACAUAUUCCCCUUUGUGGCCAUGAGAUUAGCCGCCUACGCUGGGGUAAGUGGCUGAUGGAUGCUCCCCUUUUCGGUCAUGGAGGAAAAAAGGAACCCCCAGAUUGACGUUCUGUCAUAGGCCUCGGUGGCUCUGGCCACGGGUGUGUUUCUAAAAGCGCUGCAUCAACGGGCCAACUUCUACGCCGCUUGUGUCUACCUGUCCCAGAGUAGCGCAAAUCUCAUGAUCCUGACGAAUGUUUCCCUACUGGCCGUCGGAUUCUUGCUCUUCUGGCUCCAACGUCUCCUCUACGGACCCCUCCGACCCAUCGAGACCGAACAAUUGUACGAGAAGGCAUGGUUUGCCGUGACGGAAACAUGUUUGGCCAUGACAAUCUUCCGCGGAGAACUGGGAGGCUGGUUUUUGGUCAUGUUCGUCUGCUUGCUGGCCGGGAAGGUCUGGGGUUGGAUCGGAGAGGGUCGCGUCGAGUUUGUGGAACAACAGCCGCCGCCCAAUCCCCGAUGGUUCCACGCUAGACUGGCCACCUCGUUGCUCCUGUCCGUCGCGUUCAAUUCCCUGAUGCUGAAAUACUGUGUCCAGACCGUGCUGGAACAGGCACGACCGGACAUGAUGGUCAUGUUUGGUUUUGAGUUCGCCGUGCUCACCAUCCUCUCCACCUCGACGGCCGCCCGGUACUCCAUCACCUUGGUCGAGAUCUACGUCAACAACCAGCAGAAGAAGGCGCGGAUUGAGGAGCGGCGUCAGGAGAUCCGAGAGGCGAGGGCGGAAACUGUGCGACAACAGGCCCUGAGAGGGGAGCCCUCUCCGACGUUGCCCCCGGACGAGGAGGUCGACGAGAUGGAGCUGGACAUCCCGGGCUGGGAGGAGAAAGGCCGCUGGAUAUUCUACCUCGACCUAGCCACGGACUUUUUGAAGCUGACCGUCUACCUCACCUUCUUUGCCAUUCUGUUCACCUUCUACGGCUUGCCCAUCCAUAUCCUCCGCGACGUCGUCGUCACCAUCCGCUCCUUCGCGCGCCGCAUCAUGGACUUCAUCCGCUACCGGAAUGCGACGCGGGACAUGAACGAGCGCUAUCCGGAUGCGACCGCCGAGGAAGUGGCCCGGGAGGAAGUCUGCAUCAUCUGUCGCGAAGAAAUGACCCCGUGGCAGCCACCGGCGGGCGGCGCCCGGCCCCGGAUACCCGAACGGCUCAGACCCAAGAAGCUGCCUUGUGGUCACAUCCUGCACUUUGUUUGCCUCCGGAGCUGGCUCGAACGACAGCAGAACUGCCCCACCUGUCGACGCCCGGUCAUCCCCCCGCCGCGUCCCCACGGCGCCCAGGAGGGUGGCGGUCUUGGCGCGCAGCCGAACCUGGCAGGCGGAAACAACCAACCUCCGGGUCGCAAUGGACCCGCCGAUGGGCUGCCUCGCGCCCGCGUGUUUCAGUUUGGGCCCUUCCGCAUCGGCUUCGGGGCCGGGAGGGGGGACGUUUUCCGCAACCUGCACCAGCAGAUCCACCAGAACAACGCUCCGGGGCCGCUCGCGAACGCGAACCCUCCCCCCGGCGCGAGACAGAUCGGGUUCGGCUUUGGAUUUGGGCGGCCUCCGGCCCCGGCCCCGGGCCCGGCCCUCGCUCCGACACAGGCGCCCCUGCCGUCCGCGGCGAGUACCGCGGACAUGCAGAGCCAUCUCCAGCAGAUGGAGCAGCAGAUCGUGCAGGAGAUCAACAACCUCCGGGUCACGGUCGACCAGCUGCAUCUGGUCCGACUGCUGCAGUCGGAACUCCAGCGCCUUCGGAACCUGCCCGCUACCCCGUCGAACCCCCCAGGGAUUCCAAUCCCGACUGCCUCCGCGGCCUCGUCCGCCGGAUCGCCCGUCGCCCUGCAUCGUCAGUUCGCGUCCGAUCCGCGCGCCCCCGCGAUGACGGCCAACGACACCCGACUGCCCGAGGGACUCAGUCUGCCCCCGGGGUGGUCGCUUCUCCCGCUCCACGCAACCGACGCUCAGGCGCCGGGGUCGACGGGAGUGCGGGGCACCGACCCUGCGACGCCGACCGUUCCUGCGACGCCGACCGUUCCCACGACGGACGUUCCGACACAAGCCCCCGACGACGGUCCGAGCCCAUCGGCCCAUGCGCCUCCGGCGCACGAGGAUCACGAACGGGUCCCCGAUCCUACCCCAACGACGGCGACAUCCCCGCCGUCGACGGUGCCCCAAUGGAACUUUGGAAGCCCCACAGGGCCCGACGGGUCGUCGAAUGUAUCAGCAGCCCCACCACCGGCAGAGUCAUCGGCCGGGGUGGACGGGCAGGCUGCAGGAGAGGAAGGGGACUCGGAGUCCUCCAAGGGGAAGGCCCGGGUAGCCACGGUCGAGGAAACGGUAGACGAGGAGACAUGACGAUAAUGUUUGUAUCUUUUUAUUGGCAAUUGGAUUGUAAAUCAAGGGUCUUUAAAUAUCCUUUUUCAGUUAGCUUUUUCUGUUCUAGCAUGGUCAUCUAAUAUACUAUCCUGUAAAUAUCUAUUACACUAUCAAGUUAGAGGAAGCUGUCUG